GGGCCGAGCAAUGCGCGCAGCGAGCAUUCAUUCUACAGUCACGCGCUGGACCGCCAACACGUACUACGUUUCGGACGUUUCCUAGUAUAACUUGAAUCAUCGUUGUUGAGUCAGUGCAGUGUAGCAGGAAAGUGAUGGUAGGCUGGGUGCCCGUGUGACCGACUGGUGUCAUGCACGCCAUGAGCGACCCUUCGGCUUUGGCUGGCAUGUUACCCUUUGACUCUAUUGGACUGUACGAGCAGCCGAAACCCAGAUUCAUCUUCAAGAUGCCGCGAGUGGUUCCCGAUCAGAAGGCCAAAUUUGAAUCCGAUGAUCUCUUUAAAAGGCUAAGCAGAGAGAGUGAGGUACGAUACACAGGCUACCGCGACAGGCCGCCAGAAGAGCGCCAGAUGCGGUUCACCAGCGGCUGCCGCGAGGGCCACACCGAGAUUGCCUUCACCGCCACCGGCACCAACCUGCAGCUGGUCUUCGACCACUCGCCCUACAACAACAGAGGCUGCGACUUCCAGAAAGAGAACGGCAAGGCCCACAUAGUAUCCAAGUUCAUAAUGAAUGGCGUGUGCGUAAGAUGGCGAGGUUGGAUUGACCUAGAGCGACUGGACGGGGUCGGGUGCCUGGAGUUGGACGAAGAGCGUGCGGCUAUUGAGGACGCAGCGCUGCGCGACCAGAUCGAGAGGUACAACCAGCGGUUGCGCGACUUCGAGGACAAGCAGCGCGUGUACCGCGAGCACGGCGACGACCUGCGCGCGCACUCGCACGCGCACGCGCAGCGAUGCCACCAGGCGCGCGCGCCGCCGCACGCAGCGCACGUCGCGCACCCCCACCCACACCCCUCGCACCCUAUCCACAUGAAGUCCCAGGGAGCUCUUAUCUCGUAAACUAAUUAGCCGAGAAUACAAGUACCUACAGUUUUAUUACACUUUUAGAAUGUUCCUCCCGUUAGAUGUUGGACAUACUUGUAGAGAAAACUUUCAAGAUCGCCAAAUUGUGUCCUCUCUAAAAGCAAUAAACGAUAUAAAGUUAUAAUUUUUACUUGUAUGAAUAUUCUUGUCUUCGUAAACGUAGCACCAAAAGUCUGACUGGUCUGUGAGGACUGUGAGUCAUAAGUUACUUUUAAGUACCUAUUUAAUAAACAACAUAGGCCGUCGUAUUUUACUACUCUAAUUGAACAAAAUUACUUACUAAUAGCGAUCUACGUAUUAUUAUCCAAUGCGAAUCCUUACACAUAAUUAUCGUGUAUAUACCCUAUUGAUAAGGAAUUUUGGUCAAUUUUCGUAAGCCAAUGUAAUAUAGAAUAUCCAUUGUAAGCAACGCAAACGACGGUAAACAAGACAAAAUAUUGCGUAUCAGCAUCCAAAUACAUAAUGUACCUACACGUACAGGUUCCGCGCCAAAUAAUAACUGGGAUAUACUUAGAUGAAAUGAUAAUGACAUUUCUUGGGUCAAACUUAGUAAGUAUAAAAUCUGCAAUGUUAGAUUAUAAGUUAAUUAAUAUGACAGUAGAAAACAGUUGUUUGUGAUGUCAAUAGUGUGAAAAUUCCGCCAUAGUUACUGCAAAAAACUACACAUUAUUAACUAUAAAAUCUUAGUUUCAUCCGUUAAAUACAUGAAACCAACUCUUUUUUGAAAUUGAUAAAAUGACAUAUAAUUAUAUGAGUUUUGGUAAGUAUUUAAUAAAGCAGUUAAAUACUUAUAAUUUUGCUACUUAAUUGAAUCAAAGUAUCUGUUCUUGUUUACUGUAUUAUAUUAUGUUAUUUAAUUUUAAGGAAAUUGUAUUCAACAAAGAAAAUAAUUAAUACAAUUUUUUUGUGAUAGUAAUGUAA